AGAGGAAAAACAAAUUAUAUCCGUUGCUGGAAUUAAAACUCACAAGCUCUUAACUUCAGUGCUUCAAUGGUGUUCUUAAGCCGGUUCUUCACAUUAUCGUCACUGCGUAAUUUAUGACUUGAUCGAUUCUCGAGAAGAAACGGCGCGCGAAACUAGAGAAAGAAAAAAAAAAGAGUUCUAAAGCUCAGAUCUGGAAAAGCGAGCUCCAGAUUAAAAAAAAAACAAAGAACAAAACAAAACAGCUCGUUUUUGUUCAUCCCAAUGGAAGCUUGGAGGAUUUGUCUAUGCAUCUUCUUCUCUCUGGGUUUGCUUUUCCAUGGAGGAAACGCAGAUCCAGUACAAGACAAACGCGCAUUGCUCGAGUUUCUAAGCAUCAUGCGUCCCACUCGUUCACUGAACUGGAACGAGAGCUCUUCCGUCUGCAAAACCUGGACCGGAGUAACUUGCAACCAAGACGGAUCUCGAGUCAUCGCCGUUAGAUUACCAGGCGUUGGUCUCAACGGUCAGAUUCCUCCCAACACCAUAAGCAGACUCUCUGCUCUCAGAGUUCUCAGCCUCAGAUCCAACAGAAUCUCCGGCCAGUUUCCGGCGGAUUUCGUCGAGCUUAAAGACUUGGCCUUUCUUUACCUUCAGUACAACGAUUUCUCGGGUCCUUUGCCUUCGGAUUUCUCUGUUUGGAAGAAUCUCACUAGUGUGAAUCUCUCAAACAAUGGAUUCAAUGGAACAGUGUCGGAUUCUCUGUCUCGUCUCACGCGUCUACAGUCGCUGAGUCUCGCUAACAACUCGCUUUCUGGUGAUAUUCCUGAUCUGAGUGUCCUCUCUACUCUGCAGCACAUUGAUUUGUCCAAUAACAAUCUCAAUGGACCAAUACCAAACUGGCUUCAAAGAUUCCCAUCGUCGUCUUACGAAGGCAUUCGUGUGAUUCCUCCUCGUGACCUCUCCAUCUCUCAGCCACCUCGCGACCCAACUCGUCAGAAACCAAAAGCACACUUUUUAGGACUAUCGAAAACACUUUUCUUGCUGCUCGUUAUCGCUGUAUGCAUUGUAGCAGUUUCUGCUUUGGCGUUUGUGUUGGCUGUUUGUUACUUGAGAAGGAAACUAAGACACGGUGAUGGGAUGAUUUCGGACAACAAGCUGCAGAAGAAAGGCGGGAUGUCUCCGGAGAAAUUCGUGUCGCGGAUGGAAGACGCGAACAAUCGUUUAUCUUUCUUCGAAGGAUGUAAUUACUCUUUUGAUCUUGAGGAUCUGUUGAGAGCUUCUGCUGAGGUUCUUGGUAAAGGCACGUUUGGCACUACUUACAAAGCGGUUCUUGAGGAUGCAACUUCUGUUGCUGUGAAACGGCUCAAGGACGUUGCGGCUGGGAAACGCGAUUUCGAGCAGCAGAUGGAGAUCAUUGGUGGUAUUAAGCACGAAAAUGUUGUGGAGCUAAAGGCUUACUAUUACUCCAAAGACGAGAAGCUUAUGGUUUAUGACUAUUUCAGCCUUGGAAGUGUCGCUUCUUUGCUCCACGGGAACAGAGGAGAAAACCGGAUUCCUUUGGACUGGGAGACCAGAAUGAAGAUCGCGAUUGGCGCAGCUAAAGGGAUCUCACGAAUCCACGAAGAAAACAAUGGAAAACUAGUCCAUGGGAACAUCAAAUCUUCAAACAUUUUCUUGAAUUCAGAGCGUAACGGCUGUGUAUCUGAUCUCGGAUUAACCGCAGUAAUGAGCCCCUUGGCUCCACCGAUCUCCAGGCAAGCUGGUUACCGUGCACCGGAAGUAACCGACACAAGGAAGUCUUCUCAAUUGUCAGAUGUUUACAGCUUCGGCGUCGUGCUGCUCGAACUCCUCACGGGAAAGUCUCCAAUUCACACUACUGCAGGAGACGAGAUAAUCCACUUGGUUCGAUGGGUACAUUCGGUAGUGAGAGAGGAAUGGACUGCAGAAGUUUUCGACAUCGAGCUUCUGAGGUAUACGAACAUAGAGGAAGAGAUGGUGGAGAUGUUGCAGAUUGCAAUGUCGUGUGUUGUCAAAGCACCAGACCAGAGGCCGAGGAUGUCUGAUUUGGUUAGGCUCAUGGAGAAUGUCGGAAACCGACGAGCAGCCAGUCUUGAGCCUAAACCCAAAUCUGAAAAUGAAGCCUCCGAGACUUCCACGCCCAGUGAACAAAUUUGAAUCUAUGAAAAUUGAAAAAAAAACUCUUGAUUUAUUACUUAUAUCUAUAUGUAGUUAUAUACUCCCUCUGUUGAUUCCUCUCUUCGGUUAGAUCCGUUUCAUCAAUCACAUUUCUGUUUAGGGAUUUUUGUUUUUCCAGAAUUCAGUGUGAAAUGAUUUUGAAUUUC